ACCACGUGGCGUAAUCACGCAGAGUGACGUCGCUACGCUGUGGUUGUUGUUAUUUAGCAGUUAUCCUGCUGAGUGUCCAGCCCAAAGAGAAAGAUGUUUUUGAAUUAGUUGGUUAAGCUUAACCGGACGGUGGGACUCCUCCAGCUUCUCCGCCUGCCGCCCCAUGAGGCGUCCGGAUAAUUCAGCGACAUUUAACGGCGUAGAGUCCGCCAGCAGCUAGCUUAGCUCACCGGCUAGCCCCGGCUACUUAGCCGCUUAGCUGGCUCCCCCGGCGGACUUCGGGCAUAAUUUCCGGGAUGUUUUUUGAUUUGAUCUGAACGUUGGUGGUUAGAGUUCCCAGCCCCAGAAGCCCAAUAUGCGGCCAUUCAGAAAUGCAUGAUGGCAUCUUCCUUCAAGAUUCCCAAGAAGAAACAUCCUCAUGGCUCUGACUCCAGUCCCCUAGACAUGCAGUCACCUCUGUCCCGCCUCCAGACCUCCACCCCUCGACUAAAGUUUUACGGGAAUCAGUCUGGCAGAGGUGGAACUGACAGGACGCAUUCUGGGAAUCCUGUGGGCGCUUUGUCAGCCAGACAGAGGACACCGUGUAAGCAGCUCUUAGGAAACUUCAAGACACAGCAGGUACUCAAGAGCCCCAUCGGGGGCGGAGCUUCAGACGCCAAUCAAAGAGCAGCAGGCAGCUGGAGCUGCCAAUCACAAGCAGGACAGAGAGAAGUGACCUCAAGCUGUUUGUCAAACAGAUGGCGUCCUAAGAGAGCAUCUGACCGGCUGCUGCAGCCUGAGGUGGCUUUAGAGCACCUGUCUCCACCUCAGAAGAAGAAAGAGCUGUCAGCUUUGGUCAAUAAAAGGAUCUCAGUGGACUCUGUGGACUCUCUGGCUGAGUUCAGAGGUGACGAGCAUCUUGGGAGUUUGAGUUCUUCUACACUGGGAGACAAAAGGUGGAGGAGAGUUGAGUCUAAUGGAGACACUUCUGAGAAGAGCGACACAGGAACUCCUCCCAAAUCUCCUUUGAAACAACAGACAAAGAACUCUUCUAUCUCCAGAUUGAAUCAAACUUCACCCUCAGGCCCACAAAGGCCUGAGGGUCACGAUAAGACCAUCUCCAUGGUCUUAUCGUCGUCGACGACGCCAGUAAGGAGGGUGCGACUUGCCUUCACCAGCAACCUGAAGGUCAACGACAGGGAGAAGGAGAGAGAGAGGUGGAGGCAGUUCAAAGAGAAGACUAAGAACAACAGGUCAGCUGUCCUCCACCGUCGACUGAGGACACCCAAACCGAAGCUGAGCCAACCAACUGAGCCGAUCGUGCUGUCCAGUGAGGAGGAGGAGGACUGUGAGGGAAAUGGAGACGAAGCAAAGAGGACGUCACAUAGCAGCAACCAGGUCGAUGAAUCUCGUCAGGGAAACUCUGAGAAGGUGCAGGCUCCCAAACCAGUUCCUGUGACGCCACCGUCCUUCCUGCAGCUGGAGUUCGCCUCUCUUCACGCCGGCCUCACGGCUGCAGAUGCUAAUGGGCCGAUUAUGAUCACUGAAAGCGGGAUCAUGAUCCCCAUGAAAGGGGUGGAUGAGUGUCAGGUCAGCGUGGUGGCGUCUCAGGUUCGGGGUUAUGGCCUAUGGGACGGGGGCGUGGCCCGUGGUGGAACUCUGCUGGCUGGUUGGGAAGGCCCCGCCCCCUCGCUGCUCUUCCUGUGGGUGACGGAUGCUCAGGCCAACCUGCUGCAGAAGGAGCUGUCCUCCAUCCAGACCUCCUCUUCCUCCUCGUCUUGCUGCUCGGGUCCUCCAUGCUGCUUCAUCCUCCUGCUAUUGAAGGAGCAGCUGCAGGAGCUCCAGGCCGCCCUGCUGGCCUCCAUCCUCGACAUGGAGGAGUACAAAGUCGCCACCCCCUCCUCCUCUGAAGGCCCGGCCUCCCCUCUGGACUGGGCCAACGGGCUGCUGCUCCUCCACAGCUGUCCUCCUCCUGUGGACCAGCACCUCCUCAGACUGCUGGGACAUUCGACGAGGUCGAAUCAACUGAGCAGAGGUCAGAGAAACAAGUCCAGCCUAAACUCUGCUGGUCUUCCCACCAGGCUGAUCCAGUACCCCGUGGCCCCCUGCAAAGGCCGCAUCACCGUGACCAAGGAGGACCUGGCCUGUCUGGAUGCUGGCGAGUUCCUCAAUGAUGUCAUCAUUGACUUCUACCUCAAGUAUCUCCUCCUGGAGGGCGUUGGCGGCUCGGUGGCUGAGAGGAGUCACAUCUUCAGCAGCUUCUUUUACAAGCAGCUGAGCAGACGGCGAGCGGCCGGCGAGGGCACCGCCCCCUAUGUCCCUGACCGUCACACGCGGCACCAGCGGGUGAAGACGUGGACUCGCCACGUGGACAUUUUCACCAAAGACUUCCUGUUCGUGCCUGUCAAUCAAGAAGCUCACUGGUACCUGGUGGUGGUGUGUUUCCCAGGUCUGGAGGAGGCUCGGUACGAGGAGUUUCAGAGGCGAGCAGGGAAAUCCGGAGCUGUGGGAAAGCCAAACUCUAGUCUCGUGUCGCAGCAGACACCAGAGUCCAGUGAGCAGGGCUGGAAGAAGGACAGAGUCUUAAAGAGGCCGUGCCUCCUGGUCAUGGACUCACUGAAACUGUCGUACCACGACAACGUCUGCAGACUCAUCAGAGACUACCUGCAGGUGGAGUGGGAGGUCCGCAGGAAGUCGCCUCGUCUGUUCACGUCCGACACCAUGAAGAGCUUCAAUUGCAGAGUCCCUCAGCAGGACAACAGCAGCGACUGUGGACUCUAUUUGCUGCAGUAUGUCGAGAGCUUUCUACAGAACCCUGUGGUGCACUUUGACAUCCCGCUGCGGUUGGAGAGCUGGUUUCCGCGGCAGCGAGCGCGACAGAAGCGAGAUGAGAUCCGGAGUCUAAUCAUGAGUUUGCACCAGAGUCAGCUGAAGGAGGAGGAGCCAAAACCGUCACCGAGCCGCUAACUCGUCACCGCCGCUGCUGCUGCUUCAUUGACUGCUUCCUGUUUCACUCAGUCAAACUAUAUGUCUGUGAAUGUACAUAAAUUUAUACUGACACUUCCUGGUUUUUAAAUAAAAGUAUUUAUUUAAAUUUUA